CUCUAAAAAUGCAGUGUUGAAUUCAGACGAGAGGACCUCUGCUGAAUCCAGGCCGAGACUCCAUGCCGGGUUUCCCCUCGCGCUCUCCAUGCAUGUGCAGCGCUGUUUCUCUGAUGCCUCUGCAGCCACAGACUGAGCGAUACAGGAAGACACUACAGUGAAUGGGACCUCACUAUCCAAGUAUUGUCCUGUAUGAUAAAACACCUGACUUGUGACAUUAUCGCGGCAAAGAAGAGGUUGCGUUGACACUCAGAGGAUUAUUCCGCAGGAGGUUCUGGACGGCCUGUGUUGACAAAGGUGCAGAGAUGUGCAUGCACGGAGGACGGGGAGCUGGGAAUUAAGAUCAGCAGUGGAGACAACAUGGCGAAGAUGAAACAAUAAGGAAGAGCUAGUUUCGGGGUCUUCAGAGCCUGUGUGUUGACCUGGCCGCCAUGACGAUGAAAGGCCUGUCCAACAGCCGCAGCCUGCACCACACGGUGACCUGCGACCCCUCCUACGACUCCAUGACGCUGGGCCGCUCGGACCGCCGCUCCUACUUCCUCAACCCCGGGGAGUCUCACCCUGCGGACCACCCCGGGUACGCUCAGCGCAACUCCUUCCACUCGGAGUGCGGCGCCUACCCGGACCUGGCCAGCUGCACCUUCCCCCGCAGACACUACAGCUCCAACCACGAGCUAAAGGAGGAGUGUGGUGCCGUGGUGCCUUACACCGGGCAAACGGGGAGCAUUAAAGGAAACAACAACCGGACCCCCGCCAAUCUGCUGGAGCAGUUUGAGCGUGCUCCGGUGCAGCGUGAGGGCUACCACACCCUGCAGUACAAGCGCACCGCGGUGGAGCACCAGCGCAGCGACAGCCCCGGCCGCAUCCGCCACCUCGUCCACUCCGUGCAGAAGCUCUUCACCAAGUCUCACUCCUUAGAGGGGCCCUCGGGGUCCGGCGGAGGAGGAGUCGCAGGAGGAGGGAGGAUGAACGGCAGCAAAUCCAGCCCUGACGACCCGCCCCCCUCCUCCUCCGGCACCCUGAAGCACAGCAAGCGCAGCAAGAGCAAAGACCGCUCCAAGUCGGAGCCCAAGAUGCGCACCGCCAUCUCCGGAUACUGGAGCUCCGACGACACGCUGGACCGGGAGAUGUGCCUCUACCACCAUCACCACCACGGGGGCGGCGUUGGAGGAGGACACCCGUCGGGGGUCAUGACUAUGGGUCGCCACCCGGAGAAGUCUCAGUCGCAGUACUUCAUGGAGUCCUACAACACCAUCAGCGCACACUCUCUGAAGACGUCGCGCAGCAACAACGAUGUGAAGUGCUCCACGUGUGCAGGGGGAGGCAGGGGAGGUUUGCAACUUCUCGGCCCGUUGGAGGGUCAGGUGCAGCUGAAGAAGAGCUCGUGGUCGUCGACUCUGACAGUGAGCAGAGCGAGGGAGGUAUACCAGAAGGCCUCGGUCAACCUCGAUAAAGCUCUAGUGAAAGCUGAGCAGGGGCGCACCUGCCACUUCCUACAGGUGCCUCAGGACGACUGGAGCGGCUUCUCUCCGCUGGGGAAGGACGAUGAGAUCCCGUGCCGGCGGAUGCGCAGCGGCAGCUACAUCAAGGCCAUGGCAGAAGAGGACAGCGGAGACUCGGACUGCAGCCCCAAACCCUCACCCAAAGUGCAGGCCCGACGAGCGAGCUACCUGAAGGCCACGCAGCCGUCCCUCACCGAGAUGACCACGCUCAAGAUUUCCACGGAGCAUUCACCAAAGCUGCAGAUCCGGAGUCACAGCUACCUGCGGGCGGUGAGUGAGGUUUCCAUCAAUAGGAGUCUGGACAGCUUGGACCCGGCAGGGCUGCUGGCCUCGCCUAAAUUUCGCUCGAGAAACGAGAGCUACAUGAGAGCCAUGAGCACCAUAAGCCAGGUGAGCGAGGUGGAGGUGAACGGGCAGAUCGAGGCGGUGUGCGAGGCGGUGUUCAGUGAGAUGGAGUCGCAGGCCGUGGACGCUCUGGACCUGCCCAUGCCCGGCUGCUUUCGCAUGCGGAGCCACAGCUACGUUCGUGCCAUAGAGAAAGGCUGCUCGCAGGAGGAGGAGGAGCGGGGGGGAGGAGGAGGAGGAGGCGUCGUGCUGGGCAUCAGGAGGAGCAACUCCCCCCCGCGCACCACCACCACCGUCAGGACCAUCCAGAGCAGCACAGUGUCAUCAUGCAUCACCACCUACAAGAAGACGCCCCCACCGGUGCCCCCGCGCACCACCCCGUCCAAACCCUUCAUCUCCAUCACGGCGCAGAGCAGCACGGAGUCGGCUCAGGAUGCGUACAUGGACGGCGGCUCGGGCGUCCGCUCUGGCAUAAGCUCCCAGCCGGGCCUUUCCAACUCCACAGAGAGCAUCGACAGCAUGAAGGCGCUGACGGCGGCCAUCGAGGCGGCCAACGCUCAGGUGCAUGGCCCCGCCAGCCAGCACGUCACCAACAGCACCAUCACCAUCACCGCCACCACCUCCGCCGUCGCUCACGUCUCCGCCGACAGCAAGGCGCAGAGGGAGGCGCUGCGCAAGUGCCUCUCCAUCGGGAUCCAGGUGGACCCGGAGGAAGAAGACGGACCGAUGGAGGAACUCUCCAAGUUCCAGUCGAUAGGAAUCCAGGUGGAGGAUGAGCGAUGUUACCGCAGGAUGACCCGCUCCAACAGCGUCACCACGGCGGUGCAGGCGGACCUGGACGACCCCUCGGACGCCCCGGAGCUGCCGCCGCCCCGUCACUGUGCCACCAUGCCCCGCGAGCACUCCCGCGACGCCACCUCCUCCGCCUCCUCCACCGUCAGCAUCCAGGGCUCGGGGAACCACUACCACGCCUGCGCCGCCGACGACUACGGCGAGGUGGGCUUCGACCCGUCCAUCCUGCCGCCGCCGGACCCCUGGAUGGACAGCGUGGCCGAGCCGGAGGGAGAGGCAUCGGAGGCCGUCGGGCGGUCCGUGUGCCCCCGUGACGGACGCUGGUUCCUGAAGCUGCUGCAUGCCGAGAUGGAGCGCAUGGAGGGCUGGUGCCGGCAGAUGGAGCAGGACGAGCGGGAGAACGAGCUGCCGGAUGAGAUCCUGGGGAAGAUCCGCAGUGCAGUGGGGAGUGCCCAGCUGCUGAUGUCCCAGAAGUUCCAGCAGUUCCGGGAGCUGUGUGAGGAGAAUCUGAACCCAAACGCACACCCCCGGCCCAUGUCGCAGGACCUGGCAGGAUUCUGGGACAUGCUGCAGCUGUCCAUCGAGAACAUCAGCCUGAAGUUCGACGAGCUGCACCAACUCAAAGCCAACAACUGGAAACCUCUGACCCCGCCAGAAAUUCAGGAGAGAAGGAUCCCCCCUCCUGUGCCAAAGAAGCCCCUGAAGGGCCACCCUCCCCUGGCUAGGGAUCGCUCUUUGGAGAGCUCUGAGCGCCAGCGUCUGGAGGCUCGAAAGCGCCUGCUAGCUGCCAAACGUGCCGCCUCGGUCCGGCAGAGCUCAGCCACGGAGAGUGCGGACAGCAUAGAGAUCUAUAUCCCAGAGGCUCAGACCAGACUAUGAGACUCACAGAUGCCCUCACACACGCUCUACACACUGUCCCUGCAGCACCGACCGGUAAGGGUGCUAACAGGACUGUCCAAAAUCACUGUGGGCUCAGUCACUGGAUGAAGAAAUGUAUAUUUACAGUAUUUAAUUAAUUAAUUUAUUUAUCUAUCGCCCUCCCCCUCCUCCCAUUUCCUCCUCCCAGCUUUGAUGUAGCAGUCCCUCCUCCUCCUCCUCCUCCUCCUCCUCCUCCUCCUCCCCUCGCUGUCGAACCCUUUUUUUGAAGUGGCCUAACACUGCAGAGAAAGCCAGGCAUAGCACAGCGUCACCUUGUUCUGUUUCAGGUGUUGAGAAGCAGAGGGAACCUGUGUGUGUGUGUGUGUGUGUGUGUGUGUGUGUGUGUGUGUGUGUGUGUGUGUGUGUGUGUGU